CCCGGGCAUCUUCCAGAAAUUGUACUAUACGAGCAUGUCUCCCCUGUAUGCUAGGUCACGUGAUGGAGGCUGCCACAGGAUGUUAUUUUAUACAGUUACCAUGUCAUAACCGCCCGCAUCCGCUAGGGGGCGCUGUAGUUAUUGCUCCACCACAAUGGGCCAAUGAACAGUGACAAGUUAGGAGGAGGGCAAAGUGCGAAACCCUAAGUCAUCGGGACCUUGUACAGGACAGUUCUGAAUAAGGCAUCAAGGAUGGAGGAGGAUAGUGUAACUGAGAGGGUGCUGCGCCUCACCCUGGAGAUCAUCUACCUGCUGACCGGAGAGGACUAUGGACCUGUAAAGAAAUCCAGUGACUCCAUGAUGGCCAAGAGACAUUCCUGUUUAUCAAGAGGGUGGAGCAGGAGCCGGAUCACAGAGCCUCCACCUCACUCACGAACGUAUAAUGGAAACCAGGAGAAGACCAUUCUGGAACUUACCAACAAGAUAAUUGAGCUGAUGUCUGGAGAGGUUCCUGUACGAUGUGAGGAUAUCACAGUCUAUUUCUCCAUGGAGGAGUGGGAGUAUAUAGAAGGACACAAGGAUCUGUACAGAGAUGUUAUGGAAACUCAACAGCCUGUCAAAUCACUUGGUCUCACUGAAGUCACAAAAAAAUCUCGAGCACCCCAAAUCCAUGUUUCAUCACUGGAUUGUGUGAACGAUGGUCCCAAUGUUUUAAAUCUUCAGACUUCAGAUAUGGGAAACGUUACUGAGAUACCUCAUCCAUGUGAAGAAGUGCAUUUUAGCGACCGUGACCUAUAUAAAAAAUCGAAUAGAAGAGAGCACUUUAUAACACAUCAUAUUGGAAAGGAACUGUGUGAAAACAAUGUUCUCAAAGAAUCCGAGAUAUAUAUACCGAUACCUCACAAACAGUAUCCCACUUCCUAUAUUAAGGUAGAAACCUUUCCCUUUGAGGAAGAAGAUCCAGAACCUACCACAGUUUAUACUAUAACAGAUUCAGCAGACGAAUAUGAAUCCAUUCAAAUUAAGGAGGAGCCUGUGUCAUGUGAUGAAGAUAAUUUUUCAGACACCAAUAUGUAUUCAGCCAUAAAUCAUAGGCCGCAGUUUCCAUCUUCUCAUAUUGAGGUGGAUCGACUUUCAUUUGAAGAGGUAAUUUUGGACGACCCAGACAUGAGUACAUCUGGUCACAUUCAGCAAGAUCUGUCUCCUCACAUGGAGGAAGAAACAAUGUUAUGUGAUGAAAAUCUUGCAGAAUUUUAUUUGGGAGUAAACCAUAUAAAAGAAAAUGGUCAAAUGUAUCCAUCCAAACCUAGACCGUUCAUGUGCUUUCAGUGUGGGAAAUGCUUCACACGCAAGUCACAGCUCCACAGACAUCAGAUGAUCCAUACUGGCGUGAGACCAUACUCAUGUUCAGAAUGUGGGAAACGCUUUUUCCGCAACUCACACCUUCUUAUACAUCAAAGAACGCACACAGGAGAAAGGCCAUAUUCCUGCUCUGAAUGCGGAAAACGGUUCACCACCAAUUCAAAUCUUACUAUCCAUAAAAGGAUUCACACAGGCGAAAAUUUAUAUUACUGCCCUGAAUGUCACAAAUGUUUUACAAAUCACUCUAAUCUUGCGAUUCACCUAAGGAUCCACACAGGGGAGAAACCAUAUAUGUGCUCAGAAUGUGGCAAAUGUUUUACAACCAAAUCAAAUCUCGUUCUGCACCAGAAGAUUCACACAGGCGCCCGACUGUAUCACUGUUCUGAGUGCGAGAAAAGUUUUACCACCAGUGCAAACCUAGUCCUUCACCAGAGAAUUCACACAGGAGAAAAACCUUACACUUGCACAGACUGUGGAAAAACUUUCACAAUAAACUCCCAUCUUGUUCGACAUCAGAGAGUCCACACAGGAGAAAAGCCCUACAUAUGCCCGGAAUGUGAUAAAUGUUUUAUAAGCAAUUAUGAACUUAAAAGACAUCAGCGAACUCACUAUGAAGAGAGAGCGUAUUCCAACAUUCUUGGUGAGGAAUACAUAAAUGAUCCAACAGAUCCCACCAAGGAUUGGAGGGUUUCCUUAUCAGAGAGAUCAUAUUAUUGUAGUGAAUGCGGUAAAGGUUUUGCCACCAACUCAAAUCUUGUCCAGCACAGGAGGAUACACAGGACUGAAAGACCAUAUUCUUGUUCUCAGUGCGGUAAAACUUUUACGUGUAAGUCAUAUCUCCAUAGGCAUCUAAAAAUUCACACAGGGGAGAGACCGUAUUCUUGUGCUAUAUGUAGAAAGAGUUUCUCCCGAAACUCCCAUCUCAAAAGGCAUCAGAAAUGUCAUACAAGAAAGAAAGCCUUCCCUUGCCUGGACUGUGGGAAAUAUUUCAGUUCUCAGGCACGUCUUGCUCAGCACAGUCAUAUUCAUGCAACUGAAAAUCCUCAAUCUUCUGAACAUGAAGAAGUUUAUAUUAUAUGAAUCUAGGAUUUGUACAUUACAUGUCACUUUAGUGUUAAAGAUAAGCUUUAUCUUUAUUAGGUUGCAGAUUAUGAUCUGUCAAAAAAUAUCUUGAAGUGAAUAUAAGAGACGUUUUAUGGCUGAUCUGAACUAAUGUUACUGUAGAAACUCAGUAUUUUAAAGGAUACCUUGUAGUGUUAUCCUAGGUUUUUAGUAGAGAUGAGCGAACUUACAGUAAAUUCGAUUCGUCACGAACUUCUCGGCUCGGCAGUUGAUGAC